AUGGUGCCGUGGACGGCAGUCGUCACGUUAGCCUCAUUGUCUGGUUCGGCAGUGGCCGAUCACAUCUACAGAGAUCCAGUCAGAGGGCCGUAUGGAAUUCCGCGACAACCAAGACAGUUCCAAGCGGAAGCGCCAUUCCCGCUAUCUUCUGGCUCCCGUCGAACGUUCUCCUCAGGGAGCCUGCCUUCGCCGGAAUCAUCAUCAGCGGUACCAUCAUCAUCAACAUCAUCGUCGACCACCGCCAGGUUCAACCCUAUUACUGUGGCAUCAGUCACCGCUCCGGCUACACCGACCCCGACUUCGAGAUUGAGUACUGCGGUCUUGCCUAUCUUGACUACGGCAGCCUCGUCUGUCCCCAAGUACACCUACGACCCGGUAGCCAGCAGUAGCUAUACCCCGUCUCAAUACGGAUCCUCCGGUACUGCUGCGCCAGUUAGGCCUUCUGGACGACCCCGGCCUCCUCGCAAUGGAACCUGCAGCGGAGCCACAGUGAAUGUGCUUGGCGCUUCACUAGACUGGUGGUACUCUGAGACCUAUACUCAGGUCGAAUCAACAUUUCUCGUGCAGUUCGCUGAGAAUAACACUGCCACUGGCUGGACACUAUUACCAGCGGAGACGACGUUCGACGUAACUUCGGCUGUUGCCAAUCCGACAUGCAACUCGGUCACUGCGUUCAACAGCUUGGCAAACGAGACACAGCUGCACUACACUUGCUGGGAGACUCCUACACCAGUGGCAGCGGCGACCACCACAGUUGAGCAGACUGCUUUCAAGCCGAUCAAUGGCACCAGCUCGACUGGCACGGUCCCUGACAUUGUCACAACACCCACUCCAGCUGCCCUUUCUAUUGGGAAGUCGAACGAGACUGUUGCCGCUGGAAAAUCUAUUGUUCACUUCAGUCAGUAUGAGAUAGUCAGCAAGCGGUCUAAUCGGCGCUAUGAUGGGCAGGUGGAAUGCUUCGAGACCACUACUACACAUCAAUUGAACAAGACUCACAGCUUUGAGUACAAAGGCAGAAAUCUUGACUCACCAGCAGCGACUGAUGAAGGCGUGGUAGGGAAGCUACAGCUUGCCUUCUUACAGGCCGUUGGCCAAGCCACCGCUACGCCGGGAACAUGGGUCGCCGAGCCAACAGUCGUGGUUUUGGUCGAGAAGAUCGCGGCCGCCCAAGCCGUGCUUGCCAAAGGUUUUGUUGAGCAACCAGCGGACGCACUGCGGACGAUCACACCGACGCUACCCCCAGGACUCUCCACUCUGAGGACAACUCCGACGGAGGAAGGAACUUUCUGGGUACCAUUGACGGCUCGCAUCGAGUCUUCUGCAGACGCCCUAGAUGUCCCUACCCGGACGAAAGCUACCAAGACUCCAGCCAAGAACGAUGCCACUCCCACGGAUGAAGACGUCUCGAUUGGCGUUCCGUUCAUCGCGCAUGUUGAGAACUCGGCUGUAACGCUCAAGAUUCCCGUCAACCCAACCAGACCACACUCGGUCGUGACAGCAAUCUGGGACGGUAAAACAGUCACUGCGACUGCGCUGCCGAUCAAGGUAGGGUCAGAUGAUGAUGAUGAUAUCGACCGGAUCGUAUCAGCUGUGGUUGACGCCGCCACGCCGAAGAACGCACUGGAUGUGCUAAAGCAGGCACAGCAGACGGCUAGUCGUGGAGGCCGGGUAGAAUCCAGCAAUUCACCUGCAUCAGCGAUUGCUGCAAUCAUUGGUGCAGUGCCCGGCUCGUCCACAAGUGGUGGAAGUGAUGGCGCGGUGGGCUCUCCGGGAGGCCUGGGCAAUACCAAUGGUCAAUCCUCACAUGGCCAGGUCGGUGCAUCUGGUCCGGCCGCAGGCGGCCAAAACAAUGGAGAUUCUGGCGUCAUUGGUCACAUAGCGAACGGGAGCAAUGGUCAAGGAUCUGGCAGUGCUGUACAUCCAGGAGAGCAGAGCAGCAACGGUGAAGGUGAAUCGUCCGAAAGCCAGGACGGCGAUACUGAUCCGGGUUCCUCUGAGCAUAGUCCAAGUGGUGGCCAAGCUCAAGCUACUCAAGGCGCAGAUAUGGGCACCAAUGGCAACUCCAGACCUGUUCUCAACAUCGGUGGUUCAACGGUUACAGGCACAUUUGUAGGGGACCAAACUGCACCAGCUAUGAUCAUCGAAGGACAGACUGCGGUCGCUGGUGGGCAGGCCAUCACUAUCGACGGCAAAAGAGUGGCAGUGCUCCCAGGAGCUGCCGCCAUAGUCGUGGAUGGCUCAACAAUGCACUUCGCAGCAAUCACUGCAGAUCCCGGUGCACUUGCUAACAUACCCCUGGUCACGAUUGACGGGAACGUUUUCACGGCGAAUGCCGCAACACAAUUCAACAUUGCAGGCUCGACGCUGACGCCCGGCGGACAGGUCGUGGUAUCGAGCACGACCAUCAGCCUGGCUCCUGAUGCAAGCCAAAUUAUCGUCGGUGGUCAGACGAGAGAACUUUCCCCUCCUGUCAUCACACCUGCUCCUCUCCUGACUCUCGAUGGCACCGUGUACAAGCCGAAUCAAGGAAGCACUUACAAUGUAAAUGGCCAGCUUUUGGCCCCAGGAGGCGCCGUCAUUGUGUCGGGAACGACAGUCUCGUUAGCGUCGGAUGGUACAAAUAUCUUUGUCGACGGAUCGAGGCAGCUGAGCACUGGAGCAGGCGGACAGGGGAUCAACCUCGAGACUAUCACUGCACCACCUAUGCUUGCGGUGGAUGGUCAAGCAUACUCUCCGAAUGGUGGAACAAGCUACAUCAUCUCAGGACAAACUCUCACACCCGGAGGUGCCAUCACCUUUGACGGACCUGCUGGGCUUCAAACUAUCUCGCUCAAUGACAACGCGAAUCAGGUCGUCAGCAUUGCCAAUGGAGUAAGCGGGACUUCUACAAUCGGCAUGAUAGGUGCAGCUGCGAGUGGAGCGCCAAUACUCACGAUCGAUCGAGAGACCUACACAGCCGUUGGGUACAGUCCCGGUUCUGGUGCCAGAUAUGUGGUGAGCGGUCAGACACUCACUCCUGGAGGCUCAAUAACUCUGUCUGGGAACGAUGGAGUAACUACCAUCUCUUUGGUGCCUGCAGGAACCGCAGUCAUUACGAUCUCGGAUGGCACGACUUCCACCUCGAAAAUUGCUGGAGCAUAUGGAGUCCUACCGACCAAUGCUCCAGUCCUCACAAUUGGCGGAGAGACUUUCACAGCAGUUAACAACGGUGCAACGUACAAUAUACAUGGCGAUAUCUUGACGCCUGGUGGAACAGACACAGUCGUCAUCGGCGGACAGACCUAUGUGGUAACACUAUCGCCAUACGCCACGCUGCUGGAGGUUCAGGUGGUUGGCUCAGACGGGAAGACCACCUCAACUUUGCUCGAGACGCUGUUCCCAGCCACAAUGGCAGGAUCUACAUUCUACAACCCAGCUUUUACCGAUGGUGCUGCUGCUACAGCCGGCGCAUCACGUACGGAUGGCAGCGCGUCACCGACAGAAAUGAACACGGCGUACAGUUCCAACCGAGGCUCUUCUUCUAUGGCCUUUGAGCUUACAGCCACGAUCAUUAUGCUGAGCUCGCUAGUGCUAGCAUUGUGGCUCUAG